AUGACCGGUCUCCAGUUGCCCGCAUGUGCCCUGGGUGGAUUGCCUCUUUGCAAUCAGUUAAAUGGAUUGUAUUCGGGAAAUUGCCCUCACACAAGCUCAUACCUGAAUGACAUAAACUCACUUCAGCGCUACGGAGGCCAACAUAUCUAUACUAUCAACAGUAAAAUGGAUCAAAUUGUCGGAUUUUUGGUGUGCGGAGGGAUCAAUUCCCAAAUCGGAGGACAAGAGGGUGAGCGAAUGUUUGACGGGUUGAAUCACGAGCAAACUUUCCAUCAAACACAUCAUGUUCAAUUGGCGAUGAUCCGUGAGCACAAAGUCAUCAAAGAGCUUUCAUUUGAUACCAAAUACUCAUCAACAACU